GUAUAAUUUCUAACCCAACGGGUCACAAAGGUGUGCUGUUCUUUUACAGUCGCUCUAGUCUUUCUCAAGUCACCCCUCGAUCCAUCGCUGCUCGAUUCAAUUUUGGGGGUUUUCAUCAUUUCCCUUGUUUAUUCCAUCUGUUUUUUUUUUCAAAUCAAAAUUUGAGAAUUGGCAGCAGGUAAAUCAGGAUUGGGCGAGGAGAUCCGCUUCGAUGUUUGGUCUUCAACUUUGUCGCUUUGUCUCCUUAAUCCUGCUCUCCCUCUUGUUAUCAGGGGAUACAUCAAAUGGGGCACCAUUUGGGAAUCGUAAAAGUGGAAAAUCACCAUCAGUAUUUUCUUUGUUUAACCUCAAGGAGAAAAGUCGAUUCUGGAGUGAGUCCGUUAUACGCAGCGGCUAUGAUGAUCUGGAAUCGUCUAACGCAGGGAAAUUUGAUGUCAUCAACUACACCAAGGCAGGAAAUAUUGCAAAUCAUCUGAAGCUUUUGGAAGUUGAUUCGCUAUAUCUUCCAGUGCCUGUAAACUUUAUUUUUAUAGGAUUUGAAGGGAGUGGAAACAAAGAAUUUAAGCUAAAUGCCGAAGAAUUAGAGCGAUGGUUCACAAAAAUUGAUCACAUAUUUGAACACACUAGGAUUCCAAAAAUUGGAGAAAUUCUCACACCAUUUUACAAGAUUAGCAUAGAUCAAGAACGCCGUCACCAUCUUCCGAUGAUCAGCCACAUAAAUUAUAACUUCUCCGUUCACGCCAUCCAAAUGAGUGAAAAAGUCACAUCCAUAUUUGAGCGUGCUAUUAAUGUCCUUGGCCGCAAGGAUGAUGUAUCCAGUACCAGUGAUGAUGAAAUAGGGCUUUGGCAAGUUGACGUUGAUAUGAUGGAUGUCGUCGUUACCAGCCUCGUGGAGUAUUUACAAUUGGAAGAUGCAUAUAACAUCUUCAUUCUGAACCCAAAGCGUGAUGCUAAAAGAUCUAAAUAUGGUUAUAGGAGAGGCUUAUCUAAGACUGAAAUGGACUUUCUUAAGGAGAAUAAGUCCUUGCAAGAUAGAAUCCUCCAGUCUGGAAAUAUUCCGGAUAGUGUUCUCGCUCUGGAGAAAAUCAAAAGACCUUUGUAUGAAAAGCAUCCAAUGGCAAAGUUUUCCUGGACUUUAACUGAGGAGACAGACACGAUAGAGUGGCAUAAUAGAUGCCAAGAUGCAUUGAACAAUGUUGAGAAGCUAUAUCAAGGGAAAGACACAGCUGAUAUAAUACAGAGCAAAGUUUUACAGUUUUUGAAAGGGAAAAAUGAUGAUCUGAAGCAUUUCUCUGAGAAAGAUUUGAAGUCUGGGGACUUCAGUGGCUUUCAAGCUGAAUGUCUUACUGAUACGUGGAUUGGGAAUCAUAGGUGGGCAUUUGUAGACUUGAGCGCGGGCCCUUUUUCAUGGGGACCAUCAGUAGGUGGAGAAGGCGUACGAACAGAACAAAGCCUACCAAAUGUGGAGAAAACCAUUGGUGCAGUUGCAGAAAUUUCAGAAGAUGAAGCAGAAGAUCGCUUGCAAGAGGCAAUUCAGGAGAAGUUUGCAGUGCUUGGUGAUAAUGAUAACCAUGCCGUUGAUAUCCUUCUAGCUGAAAUAGACAUAUAUGAGCUUUUUGCUUUCAAACACUGCAAGGGAAGGAAGGUGAAGCUUGCACUUUGUGAAGAACUUGAUGAGCGUAUGCAAGAUUUGAAAAACGAGCUCCAGUCUUAUGAGAGUGAGGAACAUGAGGAAAGUCAUAAGAAAAAAGCCAUUGAUGCAUUGAAACGGAUGGAGAAUUGGAAUUUGUUCAGUGAUGCUAAUGAGGAAUUCCAAAAUUAUACUGUUGCACGUGAUACUUUCCUCUCACAAAUGGGGGCAACACUUUGGGGAUCAUUGAGACACAUAAUUUCUCCUUCCCUUGCUGAUGGUGCAUUCCACUAUUAUGAUAAAAUCUCCUUUCAAUUGUUUUUCAUCACACAGGAGAAAACAAGAAGUAUUAAGCAGUUACCCCUUGAUCUGAAAAGUAUCAUGGACGGGCUUUCCUCUUUGGUGUUACCUUCUCAGAAAGUUCAGUUCAGUCCACACAUGUUGCCACUGUCUGAGGAUCCUGCUUUGGCAAUGGCGUUUUCAGUGGCUAGGAGAGCAGCUGCUGUACCUUUGUUACUCGUCAAUGGAACAUAUAGAAAGACUGUUCGAUCAUAUCUUGAUUCUUCUAUUCUUCAGCAUCAGCUGCAGAGGUUAACCGAUCAUGUUUCCUUGAAAGGUUCGCAUGCCAAUAGCAGGUCUACGCUGGAAAUCCCUAUUUUUUGGUUCAUUCACGGCGAUGCAUUGUUAGUCGACAAGCAUUAUCAGGCAAAAGCACUCUCGGAUAUGGUUAUUGUUGUUCAGUCGGAGCCAUCAUCCUGGGAAAGCCAUCUGCAAUGCAAUGGGCAGCCACUUCUAUGGGACUUGAGGCGGCCCACAAAAGCUGCUCUGGCUGCUGUGUCUGAACAUUUAGCUGGAUUGCUUCCUCUUCAUCUUGUUUACAGUCAAGCCCACAAUACUGCCAUCGAGGAUUGGAUAUGGUCAGUGGGCUGUAACCCAUUGUCUGUCACCUCACCAGGUUGGCAUGUCUCCCAGUUCCAGUCUGAUACCAUUGCUAGGAGCUAUAUCCUCACAACUCUUGAGGAAUCGAUACAACUUGUGAAUUCAGCCAUUCAUCUUCUUGUCAUGGAGCGUACAUAUAGGAAUUUUGAGAACCAGCGGGAACAGACUUUCAAGCUCUUUCAGUCACAUGAGCGUGAGUUGGUAAACAAGUACAACUAUGUUGUUAGUCUUUGGAGAAGAACUUCAACUGUUACUGGGGAACUACGCUAUACGGAUGCCUUGAGACUGCUGAACACUUUGGAGGAUGCAGCAAAAGUAUUUGCCGAUUAUGUGAAUGUAACUGUAGCGAGUCUCCAUCCAAUUCACUGCACUAGGCAGAGGAAAGUUGAGGUUGAGUUUGACAUGACAACAAUUCCUGCCUUUUUGGUUGUUAUAUUUAUACUCUGGUUUGUCUUAAAACCAAGAAGAUCAAAGCCGAAGAUCAACUGAAAAUCGCUAUAUAGACGUAAGUGUUAGGGUUGAGUUGGGGGGUUAUGGUGUGGUUAUGGAUUUCCUAUGAGCACCAAAAGAAGAGAAUAGCACGUCUUCUUACAGGUGACGAAGACAGAGGUUAGGCCUAGGAAAAACUGUUCAAAAAUGUCUUCUAACUGUAAUUUUUUUCUCAUAGUGUGAAAUUGAUAUAACAGAUUUUGCUUCUUGGGGCGAAGAUAUGAGAGAUUUUGUAUUUUUCUCAUGAACUGCAUUCCUAAUUCAUUUGCGCUUUGCUCUUAUAUACAUACAAUGAGGGGAGGGGGAAACGAAACCCUUUCGUGUACGAUUUUAUACCUAUGAACAUUUUUCUUCUCAAAAUUUAUGGCUUGGUUUGGU